AUGGCGUGGCCCUGUAUCAGCAGGGCGUGUUGCAUGGCCCGCUUCUGGAACCAGCUGGACAAGGCUGACAUCGCGGUGCCUCUGGUGUUCACCAAGUACACGGACGUCUCCGAGAUGCAGCACGUCCAGCUGCAGCCGCCGCUCCAUCCUGCGGGCCGCGUCGCCAUAGAGACGCAGCCUCCGCUCCAUCCUGCGGGCCGGGUUGCCAUAGAGACGCAGCCGUCCCGCACGGAGGCUGCUGAGCGGCCGCCGCGCAGGUGCGUGUCCGAAGAGCGCAUGUGCGGCUCGGUGACGCGGGAGGACUUUAAGCACUGGAAGGUGAGACCCGAACCGAGCUGUAAACCCAAGAACGAGUACCACGGACCGGAGACGCCGUUCAACAGCAAGACCCAGUACCAGAAGGACUUCAAAGCUUGGCCCAUUCCGAAAAGGCAAGACCAUCCCUGGAUACCUAAACAGUCUGGGUUGCAGGACGCAGACAGCGGUGUGGAGAAAGGCGCUGUCGCCGACAAGGUGCAGGAGAAAGACCUGCUGCAGGGCCAGGAGAGGAAGAAGAAGUCCAGUAAACCGGAGCAGGGGCAGAAGAAAGUAGUCCUGAAGGUGGAAGGAGAGGGCAAAGGGAGGGAUGCUGUGAACAGGCAGAUCAAACAGGAGAUUACAGCCGACAGCUCGUACAAAGCUGAGUACAAGGCUUACAGAGAUGUGAAGCCAGCGAAGAUGAUCCGGGCCAGGUCCCAGUACCUGCCACCAGAAGAGAGGACCAGCCUAGAGACCAGCUACAAUGCCACAUACAAGGGCCAAGCCCCGCUGAGGCAAACCGAAAACAAGGCCGUGGACAGGAGGCGGAUACGCAGUUUGUACAGCGAGCCUUACAUAGAUCCCAUCAAUCAGGUUGACAGGUACAGUGCCCUUCGCACUAAACCCAAAAGGCCUGGAGGCGCGGCGGCUGGCCAGGGCAAGACAACGAAGAAAGCCAAAGAUAAGCAGAGCGCCACGCUGAGGGGCUCCAAGAAGACGGCCUCAGAGAACCAGCUGGAGACCCGGCCAGCGGUGGGGGACAAGGAGAAAAGUAAAGAGAUGAACAACAAACUGGCUGAGGCAAAAGAGGUUGUGCUAAAACAGUACCACUACAUACAACUCUGCCAGCCAAUCCGAGAUAUUGGCUGGGUGCAGACUCUAAAGCAACACCUGUGGGGCUGUGCACUACCCAAUCCAAGUGAUGCUAAGGACGAGGUUCUCCGACCCAGUCAUCAUCAUUCCCAGGGUGCUACUGGAGGAGAACCACCACCACCACCAUCACCACCACCACCGCUGGAGAGACCCGAGCCUCGGAGGAGCAGCGGAGUUGUUCGCUUCGCCCUAGAUGUGAACCAGACUGAGUAG